AUGCAGUUCAUUGCCCUAGUAAGCGGAGGCAAAGACAGUAUAUACAAUAUGCAGAUGGCGAUGCAGGAUGGGCACAUUCCCGUGUGCCUUCUCAAUAUGAAAAUGCCUGCAGAGAGAGACUCCUUCAUGUUCCAGUACGCAGGAAACAACCUUCUCCCGGGGAUAUCCGAGUGCUUAAAUCUGCCGCUGCACCAAAAAGAGACGAGCGGCCUCUCUAAAGAGCGCGGGAUAGAGUACAAGGUCACGGAAAACGACGAAAUAGAAGACCUUUUCUCGGCAAUUCGCUCUCUCCAGGGACUGUAUGAGUUUUCUGCAGUUUCUGUUGGGGCUAUUUCCUCGGUUUACCAGUACAACAGAGUAAAGAGCGUUUGCGACAGGCUUAACCUGCAGGUUCUCGCAUACCUGUGGGGGCAGGACCAAAGAGAGCUUCUCCAGAGAAUGUGCAGAGAUGGAAUAUGUGCAAUUGUCGUAAAAGGAGGCGGAUACGUGGGGGAGCUCUUGGGAGAGACAAUUUCCACGGUAUACACGAAGUAUUCGGGGUAUAUACAGGGCCAGCUGGAAGAGCACAAAAGCCUAACGGAGAAAGACUUCAAUCUGUGCGGAGAGGGGGGCGAGUACGAGACGCUUACGCUCGAUGCCCCCAUAUACGCGAAGAGGAUAGAGAUAGUUAGAAGCACGGUCGAAGAGGAAGAGUGUGACGUAAAAACUCUGUGCAUUUUGGAGUACAAAGUAGUUGAUAAAGCCCAGGAAAAGCCUCUCUAG